AAAAAAGCAGCUGCGGAGAAUCAGGAUUCAGCCGCAGUACGACGGAACCGCAUGUCCGGCUGAGGAGCGGCCAACUGUUUGUAAAGAUCCGUCGACGACUCCCGAUUUGCCUGUCGGACCCUGUCCCCACGACUGCGCGUUUAUGGCGUGGGGGAGCGAUAAUCUGUGUUACAACAUGACCAAUGACAAGGUAUCCACUGCAAACAUUGAUCUGGGUCUGAAAGGUAGUUGCAACUUGUUGUAUAUGCUGUCUACUUCGGAUUAUUUUUCUAAAAAAAGUGUGCUGUUUUUGCACGAUCAGCAAGAGCAGGAGUCCAGUUUGUGCUACGCGGAGAGGAAAUUCAAAUUUACUCAUGCGGAAUAAGCAUCAAGAAGAUCUCUAAAUUUAUGCCAUUUUUGUUCAUUACAGGCAAAGGCAUCAUGGUCCAUGCAAAAUAUGCAUGACAAACCUGGCAAUCAUCUUCCAGACCCUGACAUAUCGGCAAUGCAUACAAGGUGGUGAAUUGUAAAACAGACACCGAAUACGGCUGUUGGGACAAAGCUCACCCCAACAGGUAUCGCAAGAAAAAAACUGUGUAAGUGUAAAUCUGCAAUGCAGAAGAACAUGCAACAGAUUUACGCCCGUGGUCAUGCCGGACAGCCAUGAAGUGCUCUUUUUAUCUGUGUUUUCCAUUGCAAGAGCAAGACACGCAUUUUUUUUGUCAUGUAGAGCAAAGUUGUGAUGCUAUUGCUAUCAGCCAAAGAUUGUUACACUAUUAACACAGGAGUUUUUCUCUCGGAUAACACGGGCGCGCAGUGCAAAGACGAGCAAGGGCAGCCGGUGCCCCCGGCGCAGUAUUAUCGCAUAUACACGCGGUCGGUCACGGAACAGACGAAUGACGGCAAGCCCUGCCCGGCCGAAGAUUCCCUGUGCACCGAGCACCAUGAACACGACUGUACGAAUAUCAAAAGGAAAAAUCCCCCCUCCCCAUAUCGAAACGAAAUUUCUGAUGCUGGAUUUGCGUACACAAAUCAGGUCUGUCUUGCUGGAGAGGACUGCAGGCAUAUACCAAGCCUGGGUCGAGAGGUUUUGACGUAGGGGACUAGCAUGACAGACGUCGGCCCUGUAAGCCCAACAGCAUCACAAACCGCCGGCAUAAUGCGGCGGACUCUCUGGCUUUGCCUUCUUGCAAGACAGACAGGAUUUGUGACCUCAAAUCUGCAGCACAAAUUUUCAGACGAAUGCGUUCUCAAUAUUAUGGGGAGGACGGAUUUUUCCUCUCAAUAACGAAGCAAAACGUUCGCGUGUACCACAACCAUGACCAGUGCACCUCCACCGAACCCGGUGUCCCUUCGCUCGGCUGGUGCGCGAUUGACUGCCAGGUUAGUGAGUGGAACCAGACCGACCUGGAAAAGGUGUCCCGGUGCCUGCGCGACGUGACGCAGCCACCCGCCCCUUAUCAAAUGCAAAUAUGUGGUCUGGGUCUGGAAGAUUCUGAGACUUGUGCUGCACGUUUUGCAUGAGCCAUGACGUCGAUGAUGCAUAUGUCCUAGCAUCACAGAGGACUUUUUGAGGGCUUGUUGAUGCCGAUUCCACACGACAAAUACCCCUACUACCGCGUAGCAAAAAUUCCUUUCCCUUUGCUGCUCAUGCAAUACAACUUUUUGUAGAAUUUGAAUGCAGCACCACAAGAUGCAUUUCUCCAGACCCAGAUGACACAUUUGCAAUGUAUACCCCCCCAAAAGUUGUCGGCCCCCACCGGUUUCCGAAGAACUUUUUCAG